AUGUCUCGUCCAUCAUCCUUUAGUGGUGAUAAUUGGAGAAGGCCACUGACUUAUGAUAAUAUUUGGUCAAAUCAAUCUCCCAACAUAAACUCAUCUACCAGCCCAAAUAGUAACGGAUUUGGUUCUGGGUUUGGCACUAAUCCAUUUAAUGGAUAUGGUAAUGGGAAUUAUAACAUGAACUAUAACGGUAAUGGUUAUGGUUAUGGUAACAGCUAUGGUAAUGGUUUUAAUAACUAUGGAGGAUUCAACGGACAAAGAAAUUCCAUAAGUUCUAUUUCUUCUUUAGAUUAUGAUAGAAGAAAUAGCCAUAAUGACAUUUAUGACAAUCUCAAUAGCUUCAGUUUGGAUAUGAAUAAUUUAAACAUAAAUGGACCACCAAUGAAUAUGAACCCAAAUUUGAACCCUCCAAUUAAUAAUUCAACUUAUCCUGAGUUGAAUCAACAAACUAUUGAUUCUAUCAAUGAAUACUUUGGAAGUGAUCCUCAUCAAAGAGUCAAAGUUGAUUUGAAUUUUUUGAAUUCCAAACUUAAUAGUGAAAUGGUAGAAUUACCAAAAUUCCCUAUUGAAAAUUCGAUCAAGAAUUACCAGUUAAUUUUGGUUGGAUUUAAAUGUGGUAGAUUAGACAUUUUCUAUUCUAACAACAAAGAUUGUAAUAUUUAUAACUAUAAGAUUGGGGAUUUAGUUAUUGUUGAAGCUGAUAGAGGUAAGGAUUUAGGUAAAGUCUUAAAAUUAAACUUAUCGAUUGAUGAAGUUAGAUUAUUGAAAUUUUUACAAUUCAAAGAACAACAAGAAGCUUUGAAUGAAGAAGAAAUUCCUAAUAAUUUACCAAUCUUACAUUUCCCCAAAUCAAUUAUAGGAUUAGCCAAUAAUAAUGAAAUCUUACAAAUUUUAAAUAAGAAAAAGGAUGAAGAAAAUGCUUGUAAAUUAUGUUUAAGCAAAAUCAAUUCACCAUUUUUAGAAUAUUUAAAUGACGUCAAUAUGAGAUUAAUCGAUGCUGAAUAUCAAUUCGAUAGGAAGAAACUUAUCUUUUAUUAUUCAACUAAUAAGAGAAUUGAUUUCAGAGAUUUAGUCAAGGAAUUGUUCAGGACUUAUAAAACCAGAAUUUGGAUGUGUGCUGUUAUUGGCUUACCAUUUCAAGAUCAAUCAGUUACACAAAAUCAUCCACAAUCUCAAUAUCAAUCCCAAUGGAACACUAAUACUAAUUGGAGUAAUUGGAAUGGUAAUUGGAAUGAAGUCCCAAGAGGUAUAAUUGAUAAUGAUUAUAAAAUUAACGUCAGUAGAGGAAGUGGAUCAAUUGGUUCAAUCAACUCUGUUGGUUCAAUUGGUCCUAUUAGUUUAGAACAAAAUAAAGAUCCAGAAAGGGCAGAAGUUAAUGAUGAACUGUUUGUUUUAAAGUCUUUAGUUGAUCAAAUUGAUCAUUAA